AUGUUACCGUUGUUAUCCUCAGUAUUGCUCUUAUUUUUGACUCUAUCUCAAAAUGUUUCAGGUGCAUCAAACCAAAUUAUUCAAAAGAGAAGCUCUAACCAAGUAUAUGACCAAAUAUUUUUCAGUAAUGUAGGUUUCAAUGGUUAUUACAGUCCAGUUACGUCACUUGGUGAUAAUGAUACUUGUUCCUGUGAGAUUGGUGAUAACGUUUAUUUUUCUGGUACAAACAGUCCAUUGAAUGAACCCGUUUCGGUACAUUUUAGAGGUCCUUUAAUUUUACACAAAUUUGCGUACUAUACUUCUGACAAUUUCAUUAUUAAUGAAGAUAAUUCCUCCGAUUGGACCAGAGAUGCCUAUUUUGAUGCAGCAUCAUCAGCUGCUGAAAACGUUACCUUUUUAACGAAAGCUGGUGAUUCUUCUGCUUGUUUGGGUAAGGCUUUGACCUAUGCUGAUAGUGAUGGUAUUAGCUCAGCCACCAGUAAUACUUUAUUGGGUAAUGGUACAUUAAUCACUUCUGAUCAGGAAUAUGUUAUCUUUUCUAAUAUUUCAUGUUCUAAAUCAGGCUUUGACAAUGAUUGUGGUGUCUACAGAGACGGUAUUCCAGCUUAUCAUGGUUAUUAUGGUACUACAAAAAUGUUUUUAUUUGAAUUCGAAAUGCCAACUGAAACACAAAAAAAUAGCUCUAGUUUCUCGUAUUAUGAUAUGCCUGCCAUUUGGUUAUUAAACGCUAAUAUUCCAAGAACUUCUCAAUACCCAGGUAGCGUUAAUUGUUCCUGUUGGGCUAGUGGUUGUGGUGAGUUUGAUAUUUUCGAAGUUAUGAAUGGUACCCAAAAAAAUAACUUUUAUUCCACUUUCCAUACUUACCAAGGUAUUGAAGAUUUAGGUACUGGUAUCCAAUCUUAUGGUCACAUUGUUAGAGAUGAUAGCAAUGUUAUGAAAGGUGGGGUUAUAUUUGAUAGUAAUGGUGAUACUGUUGUUUUUAUGUCUAAUGAUACUUCAUUUGAUACCACUGUUAGCUCGUCUAACAUUAGCAGUAUUUUGAAGGAAGAAGAUGAGGUUUUAUCUGCUACUUUGGCUACUAUCACCAACAGUUAUUCAACUUCAUCUACUAAAUCUAGCAAAUCCAAGAAUUUUGGUGUCUCUGGUUUUGAUAAAUUGAAUGGCGUUUGGUAUUACGCAGUUACUAUCUUCACUGCUCUAUUAAACUUGCUUUUAUGA